AUGCUGCAUCGAGCCUCAUUGGCUUUGGCACCCAUUAAGCGAUGCCUAAGCACAUCAGUGAAAGAUGCCAGGACCCAGGCUCUUCUGGAUAGAGUUAUCCGAGUGGAUCAUGCUGGAGAAUUUGGAGCAGAUAGAAUCUAUGCCGGACAGUUAGCAGUUUUAGGCAAGACCUCGGUCGGACCUUUAAUCAAAAUCCUUUUGUGCUGGAGCAUCUGGUCCAUGAUGGUCCCCACUUUUUAUGAAUCUGAGAACAACCUUUCGCCCUGUGCUUUGGAGCCUCUGGUUUCUAUCAUGAAAAUAAUUUUGGUCCCCACUUUUUUUUUUUCAAAUUUUGUGUUUGUAUGGGCUGGUACAGCACUGCUGGGAAAGGAAGCAGCCAUGGCGUGUACUGUUGCUGUAGAAGAUGUCAUAGGAGAUCACUACAAUAACCAAAUUCGAGAGCUGGUUGAGGAUGACCCAGAAAAACACAAGGAACUUUUAGAAAUUGUAAAGAAAUUUCGCGAUGAUGAGCUUCAUCACCAUGACACUGGCUUAAAGUAUGAUGCUGAGAAGGCUCCCUUCUAUGGUGCUUUGACUCAGGUCAUCAAGAUAGGAUGUAAAGGUGCCAUAUGGAUCUCAGAAAGAAUAUAA